AUGUCUCAAUUUAGCGUCGACUCCUCGGACUCGGCCUCGCUCCGUCGAAUGCCUGCAGACGUCGCCGACGUGGCAAACGGGCCUCGGCCCGACCUCCAAGACGUGGUGAGCUGCCUUCUCGUGGCGAUGCGGGCGGCCACCAUGAACGCAACAUCUCCGGUGGUGUGGCCCGGCUGCACCGUGGCGGCUCCGGCGUCUUCGGCGUUCUAGCAGCCCAAGGCCGGCCGCGUCAAGGCCAAGCCGGCCCAGCGCACCGUGCGAGAGAGUAGCUCGGGCGAGGACUCGGGCUGGAGUUUCGCGGGAGCGUCUCGCCGCCCCCCGGAGCCAUCUUCAUCGGCGGGCGAUGGCCGGGCACGGCAGCAGACCAAGCGCCACACGAGCGGGACUCGUCGCAGUGGAGGCGGAUCGGGCUCAGGCUCAGACCGGAGUCCCACCCGGAAGCACGGCGCUCGGAAGGGCUCUUCUUCCAGGCAAUGAAACGGAGCUUGGAUGGAGGAGCCCCUGGACCAGGCGCUUUCCAGCUACUGUUGCGCCACCUGGCGGAGCAAUUUGACGUCGGAGACCGCCAAGAGUCGUUUUUGCGCUGCAACAAUUUGGUGUAGCAGAUGGUACUCCUUUCGCGGAUUAUCUUCGGGCUUUCCGGUUGUUGGUUUCGUCUGUGACUGGCUCUGAGCGUACUUUGACCCCUAGUGUAUCCAUGCUUCUCGAAAUAGUGCGAAACUCGGCCGACAAGCAAUUUCCAAGUCUGUCUCCACUUUUGUACCCGGGUGCUUUGGCCACUGCGGUCACUCCCUUCGAGUUAAUUGCAGUUAUGUGGGAGGC